AUGGCUGCCUCCUCCUCCAGGCUCCUAAAGCUCACUCUGAGCUCCUAUUUCCUCCGCUCCUGCCGCCUCGCUUCCAGCUACCUACUCCCCACCGCUUCCCGCUGCCACCCGGGCCCGCUCCACUCCCUCCGCUUCUGCUCCGCGGUCCCCGCGGUUGUCGAUGUCGCCGCCGACCCUGCCGAGGCGGCUGUAUCCGCCGGCCACCCGUGGCCGGAGUGGGGCGACUUCCUCGAUAAGCUGCGGGCCAAGGGGUACUUCGAGCAAGGCGUGCCCUCCUCCAGCGUGAGUUCUGGCGAGGGAGCCGCCGGAGAUGGGGAUGCGGCGGUUGCAGCUGCAUCUGAGAACGCAGCAGCGUCUGCUUCCGGUAACACGGUGGUGUCUGUGGCGGAUAGCGCGGUGGCCUCGGUAGACAUUUAUCCUUUUAGGGACGAGAACAGGGUGAAGAAUGCGUGCCUCAAAUUUGCGCGCGACCGCUUCGAUCUCCUCAGCUCGCUUCCCAAGCAGGAUAUUCAAGCUAUUGUCAUGUCUGGAUGUCCUAAUAAAAAUCGGAAGCCCGUCAAUUCUGCAAAAAGGUUGAGAGAGUUUGUGAUGGUCAAAGAAGAAGAUGCAUGCAGCAUUUGCAAAUUUAAAGCAUCUUGUGAUAAAGCUUAUAUCACUCCAAAGGACAAGGCUGAAGUUAAGACUGUUGAUGUUGUUCGCAUACUGCUAAGUUACGCAAUGGAUAAAAACCUUUCAGGAGAAAACUCAGUUAUCGAAAGCGUGCAAGAAUCUGCAAAAAAGCUUCUCUCACGGCUUAUUGAACUUAGCGACACAGCAAUCGAUGAAUCUCUUCCGAAACCUGCAUUUCAAGCUUCUAGGAAGUCUCAGGGCUCAGAUGGGAAGGGGAGAGAAACAACUGCAGUUGAAAUGAAGAAGGGUGACUGGUUGUGCACUAACUGUAACUUCUUAAAUUUUGCUCGUAAUCGUCACUGUAAGGAAUGCAAAGCAGAUGGACCAAAGAAAAUAGAAGCAGCCAUGGCUGAAAUGAAAAUGGGCGAUUGGAUCUGCACACAGUGUCAGUUUAUGAACUUCUCUCGCAACAAGAUUUGUUUUAAAUGUGAAGAACCUCGCCCGAAGAGGCAACUCAAUCCUGGAGAGUGGGAGUGCCCCUCAUGUGACUUUGUUAACUUCCGACGCAACAUUUUCUGCAAGAAGUGCAAUCGGGACCGCCCUGAGGAUGAUACCCAGGAUAGUCAGCUGGGAUUGAGAAAAACGAGAGGGGCUGGCAAGAGUAGAAGAUUUGACUAUAUUGAUCAGAAGAGUGAUGAUGAUGACAAUGUCUCUCCCUAUGAAGGGUUCCACAAGCGUGGGGCAAGCAUGAGGUUGAAACCGGACCAGAGAAGAACCACUGCCAAGAGCAGAGGCUUCGACGAUCUGGAGGAUGGUCUCGUUACUGCCAAGCGUAGAAGCACGAAGGAAGAUGAGGAUGACGAAGUCUUGCCGUACGAAGGUGUGCGCAAGCAUGUUAUGAAGACAGGUAUCACUUUCUUUGAACACUGGUGCAGAAGAAAAGAACAUUCGUGGUACAAUCCUUCACAGCAAAACCAAGAAUGA